ACUGGUUCCUGAUCUCCAUGCAGUGGUGGCAGCAAUGGAAAGACUAUGUCAGAUAUGAUAAUAAGUCGAUUGUCAUGGAGCAGCCAUCAGUGCAGGGCAGUGGGAUGAGAAGUUCUCAGUCCACAGCACCUAUAGAGCCUGUCCUGAACAGAAAUGGAAUAGUGGUCCGUUCCCCCAGUUCCCCAGAGGAAAAAUUCCCUGAUAACAUCUCCAGCUCAUCAGAGGCGUCAGAGAGCACUGGUAAUAGUAAGUACACGCUCAGUUAAGAGUACAAUUUAAGACUCAGUAGCCACGUUCACAUGGACACUUUUUGUUUCAAUCGGAAUUAAAUCAUUCUGACUGAUGAAUCCGAACGUAGUGUUGACAUGAACGCUAAAUAAAGUG